AUGUCUAACGUCAGCUUACAGGUGCGUAGAGCCGUGCCUUCUGUGGAUCCUAUCGUUUCAGACUAUGCGGUUGGUUAUAUCCAGCAUAUUUCCCAUGCCACUGAAGAUUCUGUUUCUGCCCAACAGCUUGAUAUUGCGAAAGAACUUGGGUUUUUAGAAAAAUUGUUGGUGGACGCUGGCGGGUCGGCUGACCAGGUGGAAAAGCUCACCAAGUCUGUUUCCGAGCAGCUCACGGCCAAGCUCAAGGAAAAUAUGGCCAAAUUGGAGAUCACAGGAGACAAAUCCAAGAGACUUUUGGAUGUCAAUGUGUUGAAACAGAACAAUUCUAAGCGAGACAUCAACUCGUCCUUGGCGCUUCUUGGUGCUUCUAGAGACAUUUCUCAUGCCGGAAGACAAGUGGAGAGUAGAGUUGACAAAAAGAAGUUGGAGAAGCAAGAGAGAAAGAUUGCGAAGAAGGUGGCCAAGAGAAACAACCAGUUUGUCAAGUACGAGGCUUCCAAGUUGUUGAACGAGUCGAAGGGCGAGGACUACGACUCCUUUUACUUGGAGAUCAACCCGCUUGAUUUUGGUUCGAGCGCAGGAAAAUCAAAAGACAUCAAAAUCGACAAUUUCGAUUUGUAUGUGGGUGACGGCAAACGUAUUCUCAGCGAUGCCAGCUUGACCUUGGCCCACGGUAGAAGAUACGGUUUGGUCGGUCAGAACGGUAUUGGUAAGUCUACUUUGUUGCGUGCAUUGUCGAGAAGAGAAUUGACGAUUCCGAAACAUAUUACAAUUUUGCAUGUUGAACAAGAACUCCGAGGCGACGAUACGCCAGCUUUGCAGGCAGUUUUAGACGCCGAUGUUUGGCGUAAAACUUUGAUUCAGGAAGAACAAAAGAUCACCGAAAGAAUUGACGAGAUUGAGAAGUUGAGAAGCGAGUUUGAAGAAGGUUCUAACGAGGUGGUGAAGCUAGACAAUGAAAGAGGUGAUUUGGACAAGCACUUGCAGGAAAUCACGGAAAAAUUAUACGAAAUGGAGUCCGAUAAGGCUGAGAGUAGAGCAGCAUCCAUUUUGUUUGGACUUGGUUUCUCGCAAGAGUCUCAAAGCAAACCUACCAACUCGUUUUCUGGUGGUUGGAGAAUGAGAUUGUCGUUAGCACGUGCUUUGUUCUGUGAGCCCGACUUGUUAUUGCUAGAUGAACCAUCCAAUAUGUUGGAUGUUCCUUCCAUCACGUAUUUGGCCAAGUAUUUGCAAACGUAUUCUGGUACUGUCUUGGUUGUUUCGCACGACAGAGCAUUUUUGAAUGAAGUGGCCACAGAUAUUAUCCACCAACACUCGGAACGGUUGGACUACUACCGUGGCUCUAACUUUGACUCCUUCUACGCUACGCGAGAAGAGAGAAUCAAGAACCAGCGCCGUGAGUACGAAAACCAAAUGGCGUACAGACAGCACUUACAAGCAUUUAUCGAUAAAUUCAGAUACAAUGCGGCGAAAUCGCUGGAAGCCCAGUCCCGUAUCAAAAAGUUGGAGAAGUUGCCUGUUUUGGAACCACCAGAAGACGACAAGAUUAUCACGUUCAAGUUCCCAGAUCCGGAUGGACUUUCGCCACCAAUCUUGCAAAUGCACAACGUUACUUUUGGCUACUCUCCAGAUAAGAUUAUUUUGAAGGAUGUGGACUUGGAUGUCCAGAUGGACUCGCGUAUUGCCUUCUGUGGUGGUAACGGUACAGGUAAGACUACUUUGUUAAAAUUACUUUUGGGCCAACUUUCGCCAUUACUGGGUCACAUCUCUCGUAACGGCAGAUUGCGGGUGGGUUACUUUGCGCAACAUCAUGUGGACUCUAUGGAUUUGAACCUUUCUGCUGUUUCGUGGAUGGCAAAAGCUUUCCCAGGUAAAUCUGACGAGGAGUACAGACGCCACUUGGGAUCCUUUGGUAUUACAGGUACAUUGGGUUUGCAGAAAAUGGAGUUGUUGUCGGGAGGACAGAAAUCGAGAGUUGCGUUCGCGGCGCUUUGUAUGAACCAGCCACACAUUCUUAUUUUGGAUGAGCCUUCGAAUCACUUGGAUACCCAAGGUUUGGACGCACUUGCAGACGCUUUGAUCAACUUCAAGGGUGGUGUUUUGAUGGUGUCGCACGAUGUCUCCACGAUCGAAAGAGUAUGUAAUGAGAUCUGGGUCAGCGAGGAUUCAAAGGUAUCGAAGUUCCCAGGAAACAUCCACGAUUACAAGAAACACAUUUUGAAACAGGCUGACGCAUCUGGUGUUGUGAGAAAACACUAA